ACGGCCGGACCAGCUCACACCUCGCGACCGCCACCCCACUCCGCAUCGCUCUGCACCAGCUUGUAUAUUCCUUCUUCCCUACGCUUUCCGUUCGUUCCAUCGCACCGCGGCCGACCGCCCCCGCGCGUCCCUUUCCACCUGUUCGCCUGCGCAUUUGCGCUUUGCAGCCACCAGCUGAUAACCUCCUCUCGCGGUUCCGAUCGAUCAAGUGAUCGCGAGUUUCCGUGCGCAGUUCGUGCCGUUGGCCGACGGCAAGCUGAGUCCGUCAGCUGGAUCGGGCGAUCGGCCGCCAAAUGGGGACGCCGGUGAACAUCAUCGUCGGCUCGCACGUGUGGUUCGAGGACCCCGGGGAAGCCUGGGUCGACGGCGUGGUCACCGAGAUCAGGGGCGGCGACGCCACCGUCGCCACCACCAACGGCAGAACGAUUGUGGCAAGCCUUGGCAGCAUAUACCCAAAGGACACGGAGGCACCGCCUGCAGGAGUGGACGACAUGACCAAGCUGGCGUACCUCCACGAGCCGGGGGUCCUGCACAACCUCUCUUGCCGGUUCGGCCUUAACGAGAUAUACACUUACACCGGGAACAUCUUGAUUGCGGUGAACCCUUUCCAAAGGCUGCCUCAUCUGUAUGAUCUGCACAUGAUGGAGCAGUACAAGGGUGCCACCUUUGGGGAGCUCAGCCCCCAUCUCUUCGCGAUUGCAGAUGCUUGUUACAGGGCACUGAUCAAUGAUCAGGGGAGCCAAUCAAUCUUAGUGAGUGGCGAGAGUGGUGCUGGUAAGACGGAGACGACAAAGAUGCUCAUGAGGUAUCUUGCAUUCAUGGGAGGAAGGUCCGGUACGGAGGGGCGGACUGUUGAGCAACAGGUUCUAGAGUCUAACCCAGUACUGGAAGCAUUUGGUAACGCAAAGACAGUAAAGAACAAUAACUCAAGUCGCUUCGGUAAGUUUGUUGAAAUCCAAUUCGACAAGUAUGGGAAGAUAUCUGGGGCUGCUGUUCGCACGUACCUCCUUGAACGAUCACGAGUGUGUCAGGUCUCUGAUCCUGAGAGGAACUACCAUUGCUUUUACAUGCUUUGUUCCGCACCCCCUGAGGAUGUAAAAAGGUUCAAGGUGGGAGACCCAAGAUCAUUCCAUUACUUGAAUCAAACAAACUGUUAUGAAGUAGCCAAUGUGGAUGAUGCAAGAGAAUACAUAGAAACCAGAAAUGCUAUGGAUAUCGUUGGCAUUGAUCAAGAGGAACAGGAUGCAAUCUUCAGAGUAGUAGCAGCGAUCCUUCACCUAGGAAACAUUGACUUCUCCAAAGGGCAGGAAAUUGAUUCAUCCAAGUUGAGAGAUGAUAAAUCAGUCUAUCACCUGAAAACAGUUGCAGAACUGCUAAUGUGUGACAAGAAGGCCCUUGAAGACUCCCUUUGCCAGCGUGUUAUUGUAACACCUGAUGGAAAUAUCACGAAACCCCUUGAUCCAGAUUCUGCUGCACUGAGUCGUGAUGCCUUAGCAAAGACGGUAUAUUCACGACUGUUUGACUGGAUUGUAGACAAGAUCAAUAACUCAAUUGGUCAAGAUCCAGAUGCGACCAAUAUAAUAGGCGUGCUUGAUAUUUAUGGAUUUGAGACUUUCAAGAUUAACAGUUUUGAGCAACUAUGUAUCAAUUUGACAAACGAGAAGUUGCAGCAGCACUUUAAUCAGCAUGUAUUUAAGAUGGAGCAAGAAGAAUACACAAGGGAGGAGAUAGACUGGAGCUAUGUUGAAUUUGUGGACAAUCAAGAUGUUCUGGACAUGAUCGAGAAGAAACCUGGAGGAAUAAUUGCUCUCCUCGACGAGGCAUGCAUGUUUCCAAAGUCCACACAUGAAACAUUUGCACAAAAGAUGUAUCAAACAUACAAGGCACAUAAGCGCUUCAGCAAGCCCAAGCUUGCUCGGACCGCCUUUACAAUCAACCACUACGCAGGAGAUGUCACAUAUCAAGCGGAUCAUUUCCUUGACAAGAACAAAGACUAUGUGGUAGCUGAACAUCAAGCUCUACUAAAUUCUUCAAGGUGCCCUUUUGUUGCAAAUCUCUUUCCUCCACUACCUGAGGAAAGUUCUAAACAGUCCAAAUUCUCUUCAAUCGGUACUCGUUUUAAGCAACAACUGCAAUCCCUCAUGGAAACACUGAGUACAACAGAACCUCACUACAUUAGAUGUGUGAAGCCUAAUGCUGUACUGAAACCAGGCAUCUUUGAGAACCUCAAUGUCUUGAAUCAAUUGAGAUGUGGGGGUGUUCUGGAAGCAAUCCGGAUCAGCUGUGCUGGCUAUCCAACAAAGAGGACAUUCGAUGAGUUUAUUGAUCGGUUUGGAAUGCUUGCACCAGAGCUCGUGGAUAGCUCUGAUGAGAAAGCCGCCUGUGCAGCGAUAUGUGAUAGAAUGGGUUUGAAAGGAUAUCAGAUAGGGAAAACAAAGGUAUUCCUAAGAGCUGGUCAGAUGGCAGAGCUGGAUGCACGAAGAGCAGAAGUAUUGGCCAAUGCGACACGACUAAUCCAGAGGCGUAUAAAGACACAUCUUAUGCGAAAGGAAUUCAUCAACUUAAGAAAAGCCUCGGUUCAGUCUCAGAAGUUCUGGAGAGCACGACUAGCUAGAAAGCUUUUUGAGCACAUGAGAAGAAAUGCUGCUUCAAUUAGGAUACAGAAGCAUGCACGUACCCUUUCCGCCAGGAAAGCGUACCUGCAAGUAUAUGAAUCAGUUAUAAUAAUACAGGCAGGAUUACGUGCAAUGGCAGCUCGCGAUGAACACAGAUUCCGAAGAGAGACCAAGGCUGCCAUAAUUAUCCAGACUCAAUGGCGCCAACACAAAGCUUAUGUCGCUUACAAGCAGCAAAAGAAAGCUUCGUUGAUUCUUCAGUGCUUGUGGAGGGCACGCAUUGCAAGAAAGGAACUUCGGAAACUGAGAAUGGAAGCAAGAGAGACCGGUGCACUCAAAGAAGCAAAAGACAAGCUCGAAAAGAGAGUAGAAGAACUCACAUGGCGGUUAGAUGUUGAAAAGCGUCUGAGGAUUGACCUUGAAGAAGCCAAGGGCCAAGAAAUUGCAAAGCUGCAAUCUGCAUUGCAAGAAAUGCAUGAAAAACUUGAGGAAGCCCAUGCAGCAAUAGUUAAGGAGAAAGAAGCUGCAAAGUUAGCAAUCGAACAAGCACCACCAAAGAUAGUAGAAGUGCCAGUUGUGGACAGUGCAAAAGUUGAGCAGUUGACAAGCCAAAAUAAAGAACUUGCGGAUGAACUCAGUACAUUUAAAAGGAAGGCUGAAGAUCUUGAAAAGAAGCUUCUUGAGUUGCAAAAACAGUCUGAUGAAUUGUCACAGGAGACACAAGAACGAGGAUCCAAACUUAAUCAACUUCAAGAGAUGAUCGAAAGGCUUGAAACAAGUUUAUCCGAUGUGGAAUCUGAAAACCAAGUUCUAAGACAACAAUCACUGGUAGCAUCAGCAGAUGAGGAUAAAUCAAAACAGAUAGAGAGACUGGAAAGCAAGAUUGCCGUCUUGGAGUCAGAGAUCCAGUUGCUCCGCAGUAAUUCUACGCUAGCUGUUCAAGCCGUAGUCACUCCUGAAGUGAAUCAGACAUUAGCGACGGAGGGAACUGACAGUGGACGUCAGCUUGAAGAAGUUAAAAUAGUCAAUGAGCAGGUGGUUGUUCCUCCUGUAAAGAAUCUAAGCAAACAAAAGUCGCUGACGGAUCGACAGCAAGAAAAUCAUGAUGCCCUGAUCAAAAGUCUGGCUGAAGACAGGAGAUUUGACAACAAAAAAUCAGCUGCAGCAUGCAUUGUCUACAAAUCACUCCUACACUGGCAUUCAUUUGAAGCAGAGAGGACUAACAUAUUUGACCGAAUCAUCCAAACAAUUAGGUCAUCAGUUGAGGGUGCUGAAAGUUCUGGAGAGCUAUCUUAUUGGUUGUCGACGACAUCAACUCUCCUCUACCUAUUACAAAACACCCUUAAAGCUAGCAGUUCAGCAAGUAAAGGAUCAAACCGCAGCCGGACCAUGGCAGGCAGUCUUUUCAGUAGAAUGGUGCAGAAUGCCCGAACAUCAUCAACAGGAUUAGGCAUAACUAGUGGAUACAGUGGAAUGGUAGGAAGGCCUGACACUGCAUCAAUGGUAGAGGCAAAAUAUCCAGCACUUCGUUUCAAGCAACAGUUAACAGCAUACGUUGAGAAGAUAUAUGGGAUAAUCAGAGAUAACCUGAAGAAGGAAAUAAGUUCAUUCUUGAUUAUGUGCAUACAGGCUCCAAGAGCAAUUCGUGUGAGACCAUCUCGGGGAUCACUAAAAAAUAUACACUCUAACACACUAUCAAGGCAAGCAUCAAGUGUGCAUUGGCAAAGCAUUGUUAAGUGCCUGGAUCAUACACUGGAAACAAUGAACAAUAACCAUGUACCUCCGAUAAUAAUCAGGAAAACAUUUAGUCAAGUAUUUGCAUUUUUGAAUGUGCAACUCUUCAACAGUUUGCUACUACGUCGGGAAUGCUGCUCCUUCAGCAAUGGGGAAUUCUUAAAGGCUGGCUUGCAAGAACUGGAGCAGUGGUACUCUAGAACAACUGAAGAGUACGCAGGGACAUCUUGGGAUGAACUGCAAAACAUUAGGCAGGCAGUUGGGUUCCUGGUUUUGCAUCAGAAGUCACACAAAACCCUGGAGGAAAUCACGAAUGAGCUUUGCCCUGUUUUGAGCACAACUCAAAUAUAUCGCAUAGCAACAAUGUUCUGGGACGACAAAUAUGGUGCACAAGGUCUAUCUCAAGAGGUCAUUGGAAAGAUGAGAACAAUGACAACAGAUGACUCGAUAACUACUCCAAAUAGUUCUUUCUUGCUAGAUGACGACUCAAGCAUACCUAUAUCAUUGGAUGAUAUAGCACGACUGAUGCUCGACGUCGACCCGUCCAACGUGGAGCCGCCGCCACUACUAAGGCAGAACUCUGAGUUUCACUUUCUUCUGCAACAGCACACAGACUGAUUCUACAAAAGAAAAAGAAGAAAAAAAAACUGGUACAGCUACUUGUGAAGUUACUAAGCACUGGAGAUUUUUUUAUAGGAGUGCAAAGAUUGAGCUGUGGGUUUUCUUCCUUUUUUAUACUUAUGGAGGUAAUGUUUACAAGAAAGGGAAAUAUAGGAUAUCCCAAUGUUAUUCUUUUCAUUGUAUUGAUUGUUUGGAAGAGACAAGAUUGUAAUUCUUUUUGAGGAAAGCAUAUAACUGAAAGUAUAUAUAUUUGUACCCAACCAAACUCGACGCAAAUGUUUUUUUCUUCAAGGUAAUCAUCACGAUGGACCAGUGGCCACGCGAUGAUUUGAACAUGUACUAUCGUAGAAGGCAGCAC